AUAAAUAGCUUCAUUUCACGAGAUCUCCACCUCUCUCUCUCUCGCUCCGAUACGCCAUUUUUGAACUCUCUCCCAAGAACCUAACCAUGGCCGAGGGACUCGUACUGAAAGGCACAAUGCGCGCCCACACCGACAUGGUCACCGCCAUCGCCACGCCGAUCGACAACUCCGACAUCAUCGUCACCUCCUCCCGCGACAAAUCCAUCAUCCUCUGGAAGCUCACCAAGGACGACAAGUCCUACGGCGUCGCCCAGCGUCGUCUCACAGGCCACUCCCACUUCGUCGAAGACGUGGUCCUCUCCUCCGACGGGCAGUUCGCUCUCUCCGGAAGCUGGGACGGCGAGCUCCGUCUCUGGGACCUAGCCACCGGCGUCUCCACCCGCAGAUUCGUGGGACACACGAAAGACGUCCUCUCCGUGGCCUUCUCCGUCGACAACCGUCAGAUCGUGUCGGCCUCUCGUGACCGUACGAUCAAGCUUUGGAACACGCUUGGUGAGUGUAAGUACACGAUCUCUGAAGCUGAUGGACACAAAGAUUGGAUUAGCUGUGUUAGGUUUAGCCCCAACACGCUUGUCCCAACCAUUGUUUCGGCUUCUUGGGAUAAGACUGUGAAAGUGUGGAAUCUUCAGAACUGUAAGCUGAAGAGCUCUCUCGCUGGGCACUCGGGCUACCUCAACACUGUGGCUGUGUCGCCUGAUGGUUCGUUGUGUGCUAGUGGUGGGAAAGAUGGUGUGAUCUUGUUGUGGGAUUUGGCUGAGGGGAAGAAGUUGUACUCGCUUGAGGGGGGUUCGAUUAUUCACUCGCUUUGCUUUAGUCCCAAUAGGUACUGGCUGUGUGCUGCGACUGAGAGCAGUAUCAAGAUCUGGGAUCUUGAGAGUAAGACGGUUGUUGAUGAGUUGAAGGUUGACCUUAAGGCGGAGGCUGAGAAGGAUGGUGGUGCCGGAACUGGUAACCAGAAGAAGGUGAACUACUGCACAAGCUUGAACUGGAGCGCAGAUGGAAGCACACUGUUCAGUGGUUACACUGAUGGAGUUGUCAGGGUCUGGGGCAUUGGUCGUUACUAGAGACUAUAAGAAGAAGAUGGAUGUUACCAAAUUUUCUGUCGUGUUUUUGAAGUUUUUUUAUGUAUUACCCCCAUCAAGAACCUCUAUUUUCGUUUAAUUCCAGAAAAAAAAAACUAAGUCCGAAUGUUUACCCUUUGAUAGUUUGAUUACUAUUCACUA